CCUUCACCAUGGAUGCUGUCAGCACAGUUGUCUUGCUCCUGCUCCUGGCUCUUGUCUAUCUGUACCUGACCCUCAGCUUAAAGGGCAAAGGCCGGCUGCCCCCAGGACCCAGACCCCUCCCAAUCCUGGGAAACCUGCUACAGCUUCGCUCCCAAGACAUGCUCACCUCCCUCACUAAGCUGAGCAAGAAAUAUGGCUCGGUGUACACAGUGUACCUGGGACCCAGGCGGGUGGUGGUCCUCAGCGGGUACCAAGCCGUGAAGGAGGCACUUGUGGACCAGGGAGAGGAGUUUAGUGGUCGCGGCGACUACCCCGUCUUUUUCAACUUCACUAAGGGCAAUGGCAUUGCCUUCUCCAAUGGGGAGCGGUGGAAAGCCCUCAGGAGAUUCUCUGUCCAGAUUCUGCGGAACUUCGGGAUGGGGAAGAGGAGCAUUGAGGAGAGGAUCCUGGAGGAAGGCACCUUCCUGCUGGCGGAGCUGCAGAAAACUGAAGGCGAGCCUUUCGACCCCAAGUUUGUGCUCAGCCGCUCGGUGUCCAACAUUAUCUGCUCGGUGCUCUUCGGUAGCCGCUUCGACUACGAUGAUGACCGUCUGCUCACCAUUAUCAAUCUCAUCAACGACAACUUCCAAAUCAUGAGCAGCCCCUGGGGAGAGAUGUACAACAUCUUCCCGGGCCUCCUGGACUGGGUGCCCGGGCCGCACCGACGCCUCUUCGAGAAUUACGGGCGCGUGAAGGACCUCAUCGCCAACAGCGUUCGAGACCACCAGGCAUCUCUGGACCCCAAUUCUCCCCGGGACUUCAUCGAUUGCUUCCUCACCAAGAUGACACAAGAGAAGCAGGACCCGCUGAGCCACUUCUACAUGGAUACUCUGCUAAUGACCACACAUAACCUGCUCUUCGGCGGCACCGAGACGGUGGGCACCACGCUACGCCACGCCUUCCUUGCGCUCAUGAAGUACCCAGAAGUGCAAGCGCGCGUACAGGAGGAGAUCGACCGCGUGGUGGGGCGCGCCCGGCUGCCGUCGCUGGACGACCGCGCGGCCAUGCCCUACACUGACGCCGUGAUCCACGAGGUGCAGCGCUUCGCCGACGUUAUCCCCAUGAACUUGCCGCACCGCGUCAUUCGGGACACUGUCUUCCGCGGCUUUCUGCUACCCAAGGGCACGGAUGUGAUCACCCUCCUUAACACCGUCCACUACGAUCCCAGCCAGUUCCUGACGCCACAGAAGUUCAAUCCCGACCAUUUUCUGGAUGCAAAUCGGUCCUUCAAGAAGAGCCCUGCCUUCAUGCCCUUCUCAGCCGGGCGCCGGCUGUGCCUGGGCGAGUCGCUGGCGCGCAUGGAGCUCUUCCUCUACCUCACCGCCAUCCUGCAGACCUUCUCGCUGCACCCGCUGGUGGCGCCCGAGAGCAUCGACCUGACCCCGCUCAGUUCGGGUCUCGGCAACUUGCCGCGGCCCUUUCAGUUGCGCGUGCGCGCGCGCUAA